AUGGAAGUUCUCAUGUGGACAUUCUUCCUCGUUCUUCUAUGCUGCGGGAAAUCUCAGGACACCGAAGACACUGAGUUAUUCAAAACUCCGGAAGGAGACCUUCAUGUUGUCUUAGUAGCUGGUUCAAAUGGAUGGUGGAACUAUCGUCACCAGGCUGACGUCGCUCACGCCUAUCAAUUGUUGAGAAGAAAUGGAGUUCCCGAGGAAAAAAUCAUAGUGAUGAUGUACGACGACGUUGCCUGCUAUCCAGACAAUCCGUAUCGCGGAAAGCUUUUCAAUCGUCCAGACGGUAAAGAUGUUUACGCAGGAUUGAAGAUUGACUACUACGGCUCAUCAGUUACGCCCCAAAACUUUUUAAGCGUUCUCCAAGGGAAUGCGGAAAAUGUAACAGGUGGCAGUGGGCGCGUCAUUAACAGCAAACCUGAUGACCGAAUCUUCGUCUAUUUCACUGAUCACGGUGGCUAUGGUCUAAUUGCGUUCCCAGACGAUGUGCUCACGGUAGAGGACUUGAACACGGCAUUAAUUGAUAUGCAUAAAAGGAAACGUUAUGGCCACUUUGUAUUCUAUAUGGAGGCGUGCGAAAGUGGUUCAAUGUUUCAGGCAGUGUUAAAGAAAGACUUGAAAAUAUAUGCGGUUACUGCUGCGGAUGCGCUUGAGUCGUCCUGGGGUACGUAUUGCGACAACGACAUGGACCUGCCAUGUCUUGGCGACCUCUUCUCCGUGAAUUGGAUGCAGGACACCGAACGGCAAUUCAAAAAUGUGAAAGCGCUGACGAAUCUAUCACAUGUGAUGCAUUACGGUGAUCUAAGACUAGCAGGAGAGCCUAUUAGCUGGUUUGAAGGAGGCAGCAAGAAGAAGACGACCACGCCAAUGUUCUCGAACGCAGACACUUAUGAGGAGCAACACCCAAAAGUUUCCUGGCCUUCGAGAGACAUUGAACUCAUGCAUCUACAAAAACUCAUGAACACUGCAAAAAAUGCACAGGUCUCAAAAACCCUGGAGCGGAAGAUCGCUAGAAUCCAUGAGGACAGGCGCAACAUUGAAGCUCUGUUCAACAGUCUCGUCGCCAAUCUUUUAGCAAGCGCCAACGACAGGUACAGUUAUUAUGCUCGAUUAGAACGAAAAUGUUCCGAACACAUCUACUCUGCGCGGUAG